CAAUCUGGCUGAAUUGUACCGUAUGUAGCUGCACUACAACAGAUUCUUACCGUUUUCACAAGGUCAGAGAUGGUAAAUGGUCAAUACUGACUUUUAUUUUUAUUCCCUUGACUCAAGACAGCUAACUUCAUUUUCAGAACUGUUUUAAAACUUUGUGUGCUGGUUUGUAGGGAGCGGUGCGACAGCUGUAUGAUAAUGAGGUGAAUCUGGCGCCCUCCUAACAACAGUACUGAGCAUGCGUGGAGUUUUGCACCUGACGUCAGUCUGGCUGGGGCGGUACUAUGCUAAAUGGGAGUUCAUGCCUCGCCAAUCUCUGGAGGACAAGUAGCUGGGAUGGCAGUGGGGUGACUCGUGCCCCACCAAUCCCUGAAAGAAGAUUAGCAUACUGUUGUGUAUAUAAGCCGAGCGGCUUUGCCGCUCGGCGCGGUAACACUUAAAGCUGUAACACUUGGAGCUGUAACACUUGGAGCUGUAACACUUAGGGCUGGCUGCCGCCGCCUCCCUGUAUCAACAAAGAAGGUCUCCUGCAGUAAAGGCUGUUGAGAAGAAUCCAACCGUGUUGCGUCUUCCUUGCCGGACGAGGUGGGCGCGACAAAGUGGUGGCCCGUACGGGGACGAGGACAUCCUCGUGGAUCUCAGAACUCUUCAGCUUCAGGAGGAGCGACGUCGGAAAAGUUCCCGGUAAGGGACCAUAAAGUUCUCUGGAGAAUCAAGAAAAUCCAAUUUGGGUACCUGAGCGCUUGACUCGAAAAUUGCCUUCUGCUCUUCCUGAAGAUGAGACUACGAACCCUACUAUUGCUACUGGGAAUGAUAAUACAGGUUAAUUCGAUCACCCUGUGGGCUAUUGCCAGAUCCUGGCCAGUACCCAUGCCAGUCCAUAGCAAUUCUACUGUUUUACCAACCUUUUUCUCUACCUCCUGUUUGCGUGAUGUUCCUUGUAUAGUGCCAACUGGAGAAAUGCCCCAACGGUAUGCCGCCACUAACGUUUCUCUGUUGCAUACCUUAUGUUUUACCAUUAAAGACUCUUCCCUGCCCUGUAUUUGGUUACGUAGAGCCACGUUAGCUAAUUGGUUGAAUCCUAUAAGUGACAGCACAAUGAACACCGGGAUCAUCCUGGCUGCCUUGAGUCAAAUUGCCCAGGGAGUCUCUUCACCCAGCGAGGACAUGUCAGUCGAUAGUUCUGCUGAUCUGAACAUUACAACACUAAUUGUGAUGCAUAAUUGUAGUGUUCCAUCACGCCCAGGGCAAGGUAACUAUGCACAGAAUAGCUCUACCCGUCGUAGAGUCUUACCCGCUUGCCCCCCGAAUCAAGAGUUUCCACCUAAUUUUACCCCAUGUCAGAGUCCAUUCCAUAGAACAAAACAAUUCCUACCGGGAUUUGAAUUUUCCCCUCCUCUUGGCCAUGUACAGUAUGACUGGGGGGAGAAUAAGACUGGCAAGCAUAAUCUCUGGCCUUGGUUUCAAUGGGUGCUGUCCAAUGAGCAAGGGGCAUAUACAUCCCUGACCCCUUUUGCUAGGUUGAUGGGUGAGAACUUCACGCUGUAUAAUGUUUCGGCUACAAGAAAAAAGGAUACCAGGUUGACCCAUAUUCAAUAUAAUAACCUCUUGGAACAUAAUACUGCCACUAGUACUUCAGUAUGUGUUAGAUCACCCUUUUUCUUUCUGAUAAGCUCUAAUGUCAGCAAUGGUGUUUUAAAUUGUAAUAGCUCUGAUGUAGUCUGCUAUUUAGCUGAAUGCUGGGAUGGCAACAAUGACACCGCAGUGAUGGUCAAGAUUCCCUCCUUUGUGCCAAUCCCAGUAGAGGCAAACCCAGAUAGUUUUCCUAUUCUCAAUUUGCUGAGAACCAAAAGAGAUUUUGGAAUUACGGCAGCCAUAAUUUCAGCCAUCGUGCUGUCUGCUGCCGCAGCUACCACAGCUGCAAUUGCUAUGACCAAUCAAAUACAGACGGCUGAGACUGUCAAUCAGAUUGUAGAAAGAACUGCAAUGGCGCUAGAGAUACAAGAAGAAUUUAAUACUCAUUUGGCAUCUGGCCUUCUAUUAGCCAAUCAAAGGAUAGAUUUAGUUCAAGAACAAAUUGAAGCACUGUAUCAUAUGACACAGCUGUCUUGCGUUUCCUCCCUAAGAGGUUUAUGCAUUACUCCUUUGCAAGCCAACUUUUCUCAGCAUUCUCAACAGAGCAAAGAAAUCUCAAAUUAUCUGAAAGGAAACUGGUCCAUGAAAGCAGAGCAACUAUCCAGACAAUUGCUGAUGCAGAUUGCUGUCCUCAACAGCACUAGGCUGGACCCCAUCACAAUUGAAGACUUUACCUCAUGGAUUACCAAUGCUUUCUCCUUUUUUAAGGAGUGGGCGGGCAUGUUUGCCUGGGGAGCUAUUGUCCUCCUGGGAUGCGGAGUAUGUCUCUGGCUUAUUGGCCGUUUAAAAAGAGAACAUGCCAGACACAAAGCGGUUGUUUACCAGGCUAUGACCGCCAUUGACAAUGGUGCUUCUCCCAAUGUAUGGCUGGCCUCUUUGAAAGAUUAAGAGUUCGCCCUAGAUCAUUUUUGUCACAGUCAUGUGGGGCCAUUGUAUCCAGGGACGGGCAACUUUCCUCGAGCUCGGACCAACCUAAGACACGGGGCCCGGUGGCGAUAGGGUGACCCAACGACGGGUAAGGCCGAGUCAUCGUCAGGAACGACCUAAGACAGGAGCAAUGACAAGAUUGACGUGACACCCAGAUCUAGACCAGUCAUUUUAUUAAACAAAAAAGGGGGAGAUGUAGGGAGCGGUGCGACAGCUGUAUGAUAAUGAGGUGAAUCUGGCGCCCUCCUAACAACAGUACUGAGCAUGCGUGGAGUUUUGCACCUGACGUCAGUCUGGCUGGGGCGGUACUAUGCUAAAUGGGAGUUCAUGCCUCGCCAAUCUCUGGAGGACAAGUAGCUGGGAUGGCAGUGGGGUGACUCGUGCCCCACCAAUCCCUGAAAGAAGAUUAGCAUACUGUUGUGUAUAUAAGCCGAGCGGCUUUGCCGCUCGGCGCGGUAACACUUAAAGCUGUAACACUUGGAGCUGUAACACUUGGAGCUGUAACACUUAGGGCUGGCUGCCGCCGCCUCCCUGUAUCAACAAAGAAGGUCUCCUGCAGUAAAGGCUGUUGAGAA